AACUGGUUUCUGCUUAAGAUCGCAGAACCUAUUGACCACGUUAAGUGAGGACUUACUAUAACUGAUGGAGAGGAAAUUCCAUCCUGAUCUGCCAGACAGAACCUGAAAUCCCAGUAUAUUGCCUCCCCUCCUCCAGCCUUACUCAGGAUUAUCUCAGUUUUCAUGAGGGAAACAAAACAAACAAACAAAAAUCCUAAACAGACCCAACACUUAGCAGAAUCAGUUGAAAUGCCCCAACUAGAGCUAUGACCAACAUAUCUAUUCUGUAGCAAGCAAUAAUGAUGAGCAAUGAUUUUGUAACAGAAAUCAUGGCCUUGCUCAGCCUUCUGGGGCACUAUGGAAUGAAAUCACAGCACGUGAGAAAGAAUUUUGUAAACUGUGCCGUACUUUACAAAGAGAUAUCAAUAUUAUUAAAUGCCACCCCCACCUUCUUUUAUCAAACCCGGAAAAACCACUCACCUGUUUGGCCUCUCCAGCACCUCCCCCUCCCUACCCGCAACUGCAGCUGUGCGCAGCUAGUUGACUGUUUUCCUUAAAAGCCUCAGGGUGCUCGUAGCUUCUUUAGACAUUAAGCCAAAAUUUUUAGACUGAGGCUGGGGGGAGGGGUAGCUCACCCUGAAUUCAUUUAGCUCCUUCGUUGAAGCUCAGGUUCCUGGACCAGGACACAAAAACAAAAGGCAGUUUCUGGAAGAUUGGAAAACAGCUAAUUUUGCAGGUGCUUCAGCAUUAGUGGUAGCAAUGAAUUCAACAUCUACACCGGGGGGAAAAGGUUUGACUGCAGACGAAAAGGGUAAUACCCUACAUGAAAUUCAUAACAAAAAUUUUAAACAGGACAUUUAAAUUCACUGCCCGGGGUGGGGAACAGGAUCGGAAACGACGCUUGUGGUUUUUAAAUGCGUUUUUACUUGGGAAAGCCGGGCGGGGAAAGGAAAGGUCAUCGUCUGUUUAAUUUCCACCCCCAGCGCUGGACUUCCAGCAUUAGCUCGCUGGGCCUCAGCUGUUGUACACACACGGCGAAGGGGGAGGGGAGGGCGGAGGCGUGGAGGAGGGGCCCACAGGGAGGAAUCUGGGCGUCCAGCCGCGCAUGCGCCUUUUCCGAGCAACAAGUGGGCUUCACAGAGGAAGUGUAAGCGGGGGGAGAACUGGUGCAGAGCAUGGCGGUGACGUCAGCGCUCCGCCCGGGCGGCAUCCCGCGCGGCCAAGCCGGGGACAGCGCGAGCCGCAGCGCGAGCGGGAGCGCCGAGACGCGCCUCCGGAACGUAGAGUAACAAUCACAACCCCACAUUCCGGGCGAGUGCGAGCGGGAAGGGAUGCGACCCGGGCCCAGGCGCCGCGUGAGCGCCCUGCAGCCAACGUGAGAGCCGCCAGCCGCGGCGGCCGGGUCGCGGGCCAGGCCUGGGGGCGGCGGGAGCCUGCGUGCGUGCGCUCCUCUCCUGCUCUCGUGCGUCCUGGAAGCAGUGGCCGCAGCGGCUCCCUCCGGCCGUGCAAACCCAGCCGCCGCCAGCGGAACAGCCGACGCUGAGGAGGGGAGAAGCUCCUCUCUCGGCUCCCCCACCCUCCCCCGGUCCUCCGGGGAAGCAGCGACUUCAGCAAGAUUGGACCCGGGCACUGGGUGACACUGAACCCUCUAGCCCUCGCCCCAGGGAGCCUGGCAGGUAGAGGACGAAGCUCGUAGGGGGACACCCCCCCAGGGGAGAGGAAGAGACAGUCCCUUUCGAGCUUUCACGCACCAGCGUCUCCGGGGAGGGGGCCAAGAGCCAACGGCGGCCAGCACCCGGCACCCUCGCCCCCUCCCCCCGGGCCUGAAGCUUCCAGCCAGGGUCCGCAGCACCAGGAAGAAGGCGCCUGAGCUCCCCUCCCGACGAGACAGCCGCAGUAGGAGGUGGGGGCGAGGAACGUGCUGAACUCCGCCGCUCGGCUGGUGGAGCCCCCGCGGAGAGGCGCUGCGCCGGCGGUGGAGACUCGCGCUCCCUCCAGCCCCUGGGGCAGAACUUUCUCGCCCCCCCCUUCUUCCCCCGCUGCCGGACUCCCUCCCCAGCCGGCCAGUCCUCUCGGAGGAGAAGGCGCCGCGGAGACAGCCCGGGCGGGGGCCUACCUUCUCCAGGGCUGGCAUCAUGUCGGCGGCGCAGGUGUCCUCGUCCCGGAGACAAUCCUGCUACCUGUGCGACCUGCCUCGUAUGCCCUGGGCCAUGAUCUGGGACUUCUCGGAACCCGUAUGCCGCGGUUGCGUCAACUACGAGGGUGCCGAUCGCAUCGAGUUCGUGAUCGAGACCGCGCGCCAGCUGAAGCGGGCGCAUGGCUGCUUCCAGGACGGCCGCUCCCCCGGGCCGCCGCCGCCCGUCGGGGUCAAGACGUACCCGCCACCGCCGGUGAGUCUGGGAGGCAGCAGUCACGCUGCGCGGCUGCCCAACGGCCUGGGGGGCCCCAACGGCUUCCCGAAGCCGGUACCGGAGGAGGGACCCCCGGAGUUGAACCGCCAGAGCCCCAACUCGUCUUCGGCGGCGGCGUCGGUGGCGUCUCGGCGCGGGACGCACGGUGGGUUAGUGACGGGGCUGCCCAACCCGGGGGGUGGCGGAGGCCCCCAGCUCACGGUGCCUCCCAACUUGCUGCCGCAGACGCUGCUUAACGGUCCGGCCAGCGCCGCCGUACUGCCCCCACCGCCGCCCCACGGCCUGGGCAGCCGGGGCCCCCCGACGCCCGCGCCCCCAGGGGCCCCUGGGGGCCCCGCUUGUCUCGGGGGCGCGCCGGGCGUAUCCGCCGCGUCUUCAUCGGCGUCGUCUUCGACCUCGUCGUCUGUGGCCGACGUGGGCGUGGGUGCAGGUGGCAAAAGGCCCGGUUCAGUGUCGAGCACCGACCAGGAGCGCGAGCUGAAGGAGAAGCAGCGUAACGCCGAGGCCCUGGCCGAGCUCAGCGAGAGCCUGCGCAACCGCGCGGAGGAGUGGGCCAACAAGCCCAAGAUGGUCCGCGACACGCUCCUCACGCUGGCUGGCUGCACGCCCUACGAGGUGCGUUUCAAGAAGGACCACUCGCUGCUGGGCCGCGUCUUCGCCUUCGACGCUGUCUCCAAGCCCGGCAUGGACUACGAGUUGAAACUGUUCAUUGAGUAUCCCACGGGCUCGGGCAACGUGUACUCCAGCGCAUCUGGGGUUGCCAAGCAAAUGUACCAGGACUGUAUGAAGGACUUCGGCCGGGGUCUGUCCUCCGGCUUCAAGUAUCUGGAGUACGAGAAGAAGCACGGCUCCGGGGACUGGCGCCUCCUUGGAGAUUUGCUGCCCGAGGCCGUGCGCUUCUUCAAGGAGGGCGUGCCCGGCGCCGACAUGCUGCCCCAGCCCUACCUGGACGCCAGCUGCCCCAUGCUGCCCACGGCGCUGGUGAGUCUAAGUCGCGCCCCCAGUGCACCCCCGGGUACCGGAGCCCUGCCGCCUGCCGCCCCCUCGGGCCGAGGCGCAGCUGCAAGUCUGCGCAAGAGAAAGGCGUCCCCUGAGCCUCCGGAUUCCGCCGAGGGUGCACUGAAGCUGGGCGAGGAGCAGCAGAGGCAGCAGUGGAUGGCGAACCAGAGCGAGGCCCUAAAGCUCACCAUGUCUGCUGGGGGCUUUGCGGCUCCAGGGCAUGCGGCUGGGGGUCCGCCCCCUCCGCCUCCAACCCUGGGACCCCAUUCCAACCGGACCACUCCGCCUGAGUCGGCUCCUCAGAACGGCCCGUCCCCCAUGGCGGCCCUCAUGUCGGUGGCAGACACUCUCGGCACCGCGCACUCGCCCAAGGACGGCAGUUCCGUGCACUCCACCACUGCGUCCGCGCGGCGCAACAGCAGUAGCCCAGUGUCGCCGGCCUCUGUGCCUGGGCAGCGCCGCUUGGCUUCACGGAACGGGGACCUGAAUUUGCAGGUGGCGCCCCCGCCGCCUAGCACCCACCCAGGCAUGGACCAAGUGCACCCCCAAAACAUUCCGGAUUCCCCUAUGGCCAAUAGUGGGCCCCUGUGCUGUACCAUUUGCCACGAACGUUUGGAGGACACACAUUUCGUUCAGUGCCCAUCCGUUCCCAGCCACAAAUUCUGCUUCCCUUGCUCUAGAGAGAGUAUCAAAGCCCAGGGGGCCACCGGCGAGGUAUACUGCCCCAGCGGAGAGAAAUGCCCCUUAGUAGGGUCGAAUGUACCUUGGGCCUUCAUGCAGGGCGAAAUUGCAACGAUCUUAGCUGGGGAUGUUAAAGUGAAAAAGGAGAGAGACCCUUGAACCACAAGACAGCCACCUUCUUUGCCCCAGACCAUCUCUCCAGUCCAGAGAGCCCCUCCCCCCACCCAUAUCGACCCUCCCUUCCCUCACCCCCAAGAUGUAGAAUUGUGAAUAUAACAAACUGCAAAAAGUUAGUCUUAUGUAUAGACAUUAUUUUCGUCGUAUGUUUCUAUAUUUUGAAACAAAGGUAUGUAACUUCUUCAUUUGAAGGAUAAGCUGGUUUGUGUUAAGCAGUAUAAUAUUGGUUGGGUCAUUUGCAUCAUAUUUGUUAGCAUUUAUUUGGUGGCAGAGUGUUUGCCUAGGUACAGAAUUAAUAGCCCUUAGCAACGACUGCUGCUGGUGUGUAUUUUUGUAAAUGUUAUGCACUCUCUGAAAGGAAAAAAACACACAAAAGAAAAUGACUUUUUUUUUUUGCCAAGGCCAGUGUUGCUGCCUAAAAAAAUGAUGCUAUAAAAUGGUGACAGCUUCUUUCUAAACAGCCCCAAGUGUUUAAGUCUUCACUUUAUUUUGUUCCGUUUUGUUUUGUUUUUGUUCUGUUUGCAAAAUGGUAAAGGGGGGUAUUGGGGGGGCGGGGUGUUUUUUGUUGCAAGUUUGUGAGGGAAAAUGUUUGGGUUUGUUUCUACUGACCUGAAUGUGUUGGAUCUUCACGUGUUGUUUUGUUUUUGCUUUAUUGAUGCACGGAUGCUUUUGAACAGUAGAGCGAAAUGCUAGACAUGGAGAAUCUGCUCUGUUUGUCCUUUAUACAUUUCUGUAGUUAACAGAACACUGUAAUGUGCCUUGGAGCUUAGUAACUUGUAAUAAAUUCAAUUGAUAUUAA